GUGUGUGUGUGUUUGUGGACUGUUUUGUUAACAAUCCUCCACACUUCUGACUCGUCUCAUUCAUUUGUGUUUUCAGCAGGUCAACAUGUUCAGAAUGAUGUACCAACAUGCAAAGAAACAUCCCGGGUUGAUACCUCAGUUCUUCUUCAUGUUUAUGGGAGUGGGUGGAGCUUCUCUCUAUCUGAUCCGAUUGGCUCGUGGACCUCAUGUCAGCUGGGACAGCAGAAAUAACCCUGAGCCUUGGAACAAACUCAGCCCGACCUAUCAGUACAAGUUGGUGGCCGUCACUACAGAUUAUGAGCACUUGAAGAAAGAAGGACCUGACUUUUAAAAUACCUUAACAAGAUCUACACACACACACACACACACACACACACACACACACACACACACACACACACACACACACACACACACACACACACACACACACACACACACACACACACACACACACACACACACACACACACACACACACACACACAAGUGAACACUACAUAGGCAACAGAUGUGUUUUAUACAAUCAGA